CGUAGUACUAUGAGGGUGUUACCUUUUAAAAGUGAGCCAGAUUGACUUCUUUKGUGUGUCGAUUCCUCUGGCUUUUCUGCAUAGUCGCUCAAAAGUAGCUUCAAAUUCAGGUCGAUGAUUUGCUCCUCUGAAAGUGAAAAAAAGGCACCUGCAGCUGGUGUGCUACAAGUGCCGUCUUCGUAAUCACGUUCAGCGUGUCUGGUCCACGAGUACAUCUCUUUUAAUGCGCGCCUUUUCCGACUCCCGUAUCGAACGAGAGGAUCUGGAAAAUUCACCAACCUACGGCGAUGUGUUGAUCUAUGCGUCUUUGAUGUCACUGAUUUUGAUGAGAUUAGUUCCGUGCGUUUCACUGCAAUCUUUUCAAGAUGAAACGUGGCACCCUUCUUCAGACCGACAUUUACGGGAACCUCGCGGAAAGCUCGACACUUUUCUUUUUCACUUUGGUACGUGCUAGGUGGAGUAUUAGUAAGUAACGAAUUAACGGUGAUUCUUGAAUCUCGGCGAGACUCCUGAAACGUUGUCUCACUAUGGUCAUCACUAUCUCUCCCCAAGCUGAUUCGAUCGCCGUAGUUUUCGCCAUUGUCAUUGUCAUCGUCAUUGCUAUUGUUGUAGUCAGGACUGGGAUACGUUAACCUUGGACUUAUCGGAGAUUGCGAUGCGAUGAACAAAUCUUUCGGAGUUGACGAUAAAGAUGGAGAAAUCGAAAGUCUUCCCAAAUUCUCUGAAAGCUCGUGUUCGUUAUCGUCGUGUCUUCGGCGUCGAAGGUCUGCCCCACGCUUUCCACUUGUCGUCGCUUCCCGCUUCUUGCUGCAAUUUUCGGAUAUUUUGUUCCCUUCUGGGGUCAGACAAGGUGAAUUGCGGUCAUCAUGACGGUACGACUCCUCAGCAGCUGCUUGUCGAACGAUCUCCAUUGAACAAUCUGAAGCAUUGUCACUGUCCUUGUUAUUUGAGGGAACUGCGACAUCAUUGGCAACAAUUGCAGAAGAAGGUUCGAUAUUAUGAUCCAAAUCCAUGUUCUGAUCGCCGUGAUUGUUCGUUUUUCCACUCAAGGUUACUGAAUCUUCCAUUGACAACAAUAGCUCAGAUUUCUCACAAAUAGUUUGCGAUUCAUUCUGCUGUACAGCACUGUGUUCUUCGCCAUUUUCUGCCACAAAAGAUCGAGUCAAGUCUACAGCUGAAUUAUUAUUAUGCGGUUCAAUUGGGCACGGUGAAAAUGAAGGCGAUAUCGAUUCAUCCAGAAUACGGCUAUUUUCGGCUGGACUUCUGAAGCUCGUGUCACAGGCAAAUGAUGGGUCCGCAGUCCUACUCGACCCACCGUUAUCCGAUUUCGAUACUUUGAGGCGAUUCAAUAAUUUCAUCACUUUUUGCUGUUCUUUCUCUUUMUCUUCAACAGUCAUUUUUCUAUAAUCCCGCAACUUUUCGGGAAAUUUCGACUCGAACUUCGAUAUCGCGGUUUUUACGUAAAGUUGAUAAUGUGCUAGAUAUUCAUCUCGUCGAGGCCGGUUGCGUUCUUGAUCCAUUUUCCCCCUAGGUGUCUCGAUGACUCCCUCUUUGUUUUGAUCAUACGAGUGACAGUUGAUCGACUUCGUUGAUAACAUGCUUGUUGACAAGAUGCUCUUCUCUUUAACAGGUGUAUUGUCACACGAAAGAAGGCUCAGGCUCACAUCACUAUUCAACGUGUCACGUCUCGAACCUUUCCCUUGCCUUCUCAGGGACGAGAGAACAAAUGAUGACUCAUCAAAUGUGACACUUUUUCGACGUUUUGAGCGGACCACAGUAUCCUUCGCUUUAUUCAGAUUAUUGUUGCCACUGCUUUUAUUGUGGCUUUGACUACUGUUGUAUAUCUCGUUCUGGUCAAAAACCGUGCUUUCAUCUCCCCCGAAAAUAGUUAUAGAUCCAUCGUUCUCGUCAGUAGCCUCGCUCCCAACGAUAUCCACUAAAGUAGGCAUUGUAUUCUUCUAAUUUGUUGGCAGUACGCUUUGGUGUUCCCGAUCAGAAAAGCUAUGGUCUUCCAUCCUAAUACGUGGGAUCAUGGUCCAUUUUUCGAAUUUUGAAUUGUUCCGUUGAAGCAGGGAUUAUUUUGAUGGGAACAUGGCACGCCAGUCGGACAUAACGGAAACUUAGUCGAUUGAAUCGAAUUGAAAAAUUGGCUAACUCCAAUUGAUUCAUUCGACCCAAAUUUGUUGCCAACAAACAAUCGAGCUUUCACGCGUUGGACUAAACUACAGCAGCUGCACCGUACCGUACGAUAAAUUUUCUGCAACGACCAUCAACAAGAAUACUACGCAUACACAUCAAGGCAAUAACAACAACAGUAUCAACGAUCGGUACUCGAUAUAUCUUUGGUGUGCAGAAUAUUGCAACCUCCUUCUCAGUCGCAUCAAUAGAAAUGGGUUUUUCAACAUUAUUCGUCGGCGGCGGUCUCGGAUUUGCGGCUCAAUGUACCAGUAACGCAAUCCAGAAGAUCCCUAUUUCUCGUCGUACGUGAUUUUGUUUUGUUUUGUUCUGUUUUGUUGGUAAUCGGAGUGUUCAUCUCAACUAUGUUGUUCUGACGCUUCUUUCUCAUCUUUUUUGUUUUAUUUCGCUUCAUAAUUUCAUUUCAAAAAACGAUUCCGCCACGCGAUUCUUCAGAACCAUGGAUGCACGUACUUUGUACAUUCGGUGGUGCAUGGGCAGCUACAAAGUGGGUUGAUGCAAAGCAUGCGCUGCUGGCUGAUGUAAACGAAUUGCGUGCCUACAAGGGACUUCCACCAAUGGUUGGAUCCAAAAACUAUAUGCCAUUUGUACCGCCAGUCGAAGAGAGCAAAGAGUAAUUUGAGUUGUUUCGCAAAACUUCCGCAUGUAGGCUACCGAAUUGUAUUCUAAGAAAAUUUGUGGUCGACGACACUAACAAAUCCAAUAGAAAAUUUUUAUGCUUUUCGCUUGAGUCGUCACUGCUAUUGAGACGCCAUUCGAAUGAAUAAAAUUGAACAUUAUAAUAAUAAAAUAAUGUGUAGGAAUAUCGCCGCAGCCAACCCUUUUCGAAAACAUUCGACUUUGUGCAUAUGAUGUAUUAUCUCUCAAUAAUCAUUCUCUGUUUUG